UGCUUAAAAGUGUUGAUUCGAGAAAAGCGACGUUGCUGCGAAUUGACGAGCGGCAACCAAAACUCUGUGUUUGUGCUUAAGCUGAGAGCUUUAAGUAAGUGGAAACACUCUGAGAGUCAAGAGUCACACCCCGUCUUAAGAAAUGAGCAGCACUAAAUAGCCAAGAAAUCAUUUCAAGAAGAACCUUCACCAUCCAAAUUCACGAUGAUGUGCAUGAUUUAGAGGCUCUGGGCCAGACAAUACUUUUGACCUUACGAGCCGGCGAGUUAAUAGCACUCUCAAAUUAUAUCAACUUGUAUGACGGACAGGAAAAAUGAGAAUCAGGCUGAGAGAUAAUUAAAAUGAACGAAAUUAAUUUGUUCCACUUCAGCCACCCGCCUAACAAUGAUAAGACGUUUCCAACUUCUUACCAGGUCUGGAGAGAAUGUCUAAGCUAUGGCCCAAGCCCAUAUGUCUUUGUUUUUUUUUUUUGCCUUGCUUGUUGUUUUCUGUCAGAUUUUAGUUUUUCCCGCUAGCUAGCAGUGUAUAUUUUCUGUUCUGCCUGGCAAAUCGACAUUUGACUGCACCAUCAUGAGCUCCAGCAAGAAAGUAGAGAAACGGCAGGAGAAUGACACCCUGGGACCCAUGGAGGUGCCUAUGGAUCGCUUUUACGGAGCACAGACGAUGCGCUGCCUGGUCAACUUUCAGAUUGGUGGAGAGGAGGAGCGUAUGCCACGCCAGAUAAUCCAGGCUAUGGGCAUACUGAAAAAGGCGGCGGCUGAAAGCAAUCAAGAGUUUGGACUGGAUCCCAAGCUGAGCACGGCAAUCUCGAAUGCUGCCGAUGAUGUGAUAUCCGGGAAGCUAUACGACGAAGGACACUUCCCGCUGCCCAUUUGGCAGACGGGUUCCGGUACGCAGAGCAAUAUGAACACAAACGAGGUAAUAGGCAAUCGAGCCAUUGAAAUUUUGGGCGGAGUUAUCGGUUCCAAAAAUCCGAUCCAUCCCAACGAUCAUGUUAACAUGUCACAGAGCUCCAACGAUACCUUUCCCUCGGCCAUUCACAUUGCGGUGGCCACCGCCUUGACAAAGGAUCUACGGCCGGCGGUCACUGCCUUGCGUGACUCACUGCAAGCCAAGUCAUCGGAGUGGAAGGAUAUCAUCAAGAUCGGACGCACCCAUACCCAGGAUGCAGUUCCUAUUACCUUGGGCCAGGAGUUCAGCGGCUAUGUCCAGCAGUUGACCAACGGUCUGUCGAGGAUUGAUGCUGUACUGCCGCGGGUCUAUCAACUAGCUCUGGGCGGUACUGCCGUGGGAACUGGGCUAAAUACACGCCGUGGAUUCGCCGAAAAGUGCGUCAAGCGAAUCGCCCAGCUCAGCGGUUUGCCCUUCGUGGUUGCACCAAACUUUUUCGAGGCCCUGGCCAGUCGGGAUGCCAUGGUCGAGGUGCACGGAGCUCUUAAUGUUUUGGCUGUCAGCCUGAUGAAGAUCACAAAUGAUAUACGGUUUCUGGGUUCUGGACCACGUUGUGGACUGGGGGAACUAAUGCUGCCGGAGAACGAGCCGGGCAGCUCCAUUAUGCCCGGUAAGGUAAAUCCCACGCAAUGUGAGGCCAUGACCAUGAUAUGCGCCCAGGUUAUGGGCAACCAAGUGGCCGUCUCCGUUGGCGGUGCCAAUGGACAUUUUGAGCUGAAUGUCUUUAAGCCACUGAUAGCCUCCAAUGUGCUGCGCUCUAUCAAGUUGCUCAGCGAUGGAUGCACUAGUUUUAACUGCAAUUGCGUUAAGGGCAUCAAGGCCAACAAGGAGAAACUGGCCCAGAUCGUGCACGAUUCACUAAUGCUGGUAACCGCCCUCAAUCCCCACAUUGGCUAUGAUAAGUCAGCUCUGAUCGCCAAGACGGCGCACAAAAAUGGAACCACUCUCAAGGAGGAGGCCAUAAAAGCUGGCAUCUCCGAAAAGGACUUCAACGAUUGGGUGCGUCCCGAGAAGAUGCUGGGUCCUUCCUAGGUUGCCUGCCCAUCGGUUCCUGUUUUAAAUUGUUUUACCAUUGCCAUAUAGUGCUUAAAUUCGAUGUUACUAAAUUUGAUUGUUCCAAAUAUAAUCGGAUCUAAGGUGCCCCCUUUAA